AUGGGCGACUGGAGCUUUCUGGGGAGACUAUUAGAGAACGCACAGGAGCACUCCACGGUCAUUGGCAAGGUUUGGCUGACGGUCCUGUUCAUCUUCAGGAUCCUGGUGCUGGGCGCCGCAGCCGAGGAGGUGUGGGGGGACGAGCAGUCGGACUUCACGUGUAACACGCAGCAGCCCGGCUGCGAGAACGUCUGCUACGACAAAGCCUUCCCCAUCUCCCACAUCCGCUUCUGGGUGCUGCAGAUCAUCUUUGUGUCCACGCCCACCCUCAUCUACCUGGGCCAUGUGCUGCACAUCGUGCGCAUGGAAGAGAAGAAGAAAGAGCGGGAGGAAGAGCUGCUGAAGGGCGACAGCCCGCACCACGGGCCGGCUGCACGCUGUGGGCCGGGCGGCCACAGCCAGAAGGACAGGCCGCCGGUGCGGGAUGACCGGGGCAAGAUCCGAAUCGCCGGGGCCCUGCUCCGGACCUACGUGUUCAACAUCAUCUUUAAGACGCUGUUUGAAGUGGGCUUCAUCGCCGGGCAGUACUUUCUGUACGGCUUUGAGCUGAAGCCGCUGUACCGCUGUGACCGGUGGCCCUGCCCCAACACGGUGGACUGCUUCAUCUCCAGGCCCACGGAAAAGACCAUAUUCAUCAUCUUCAUGCUGGCCGUGGCCUGCGUGUCCCUCUUACUCAACAUGCUGGAGAUCUACCACCUGGGCUGGAAGAAGCUUAAACAAGGAAUGACCAACCACUACCGCUCAGACUCCCCUGAAUCCAGGGUGGGGGCCACAAACCCCGGGGGUGUGAGCCCACUCCUCCUCCCCUCCCACUCUGCCCCGCCCACGGUUACCAUCGGAUUCCCGCCUUACUACACUCACUCUGCCUCUUCCCUGGCAAAGGCCACGGCCGCGGGCUACCCCGGAGCCCCUCCACCAGCAACAGACUUCAACCUGGCAGCCCUGAACGAGGCACCGGGGAAGGACCACCCCGCCAAAUUCUACAACGGCAACCACCACCUGCUAGUGACAGAACAGAACUGGGCCAACCAGGAGGCCGAGCAGCAGACUUCUGCGAGGAAGGCCUCCCCUCCAGCGUCGGCUUCUGCAACCCUGAGCCCUACAGGCAGCGCCCAGCAGCUCCCUGAGAACGGUGGCGCGGGAAGCAGCGCGCCCGGCCUGUCGCUGAACGGGCACGGCAGCAGCUUGGGAGAAAGCAAACUGGCAGUGACUCCCGACGACGGGGAGCAGGCAGUGACCACCGCGGUGGAGAUGCACGCGCCUCCUUUGCUCCCGGCAGAGCCGGGCCGAUCAAGCAAGGCCAGUAAGUCCAGUGGCGGCAGGGCCAGACCCAGUGACUUGGCCAUCUAG